GACGACGCUGUGGCCGAGGCGCCGUUCUGCGUCGCGUGCCGCCGCUCGAGCGCCGUCAAGUGGCGGAAGCACGUCUUCUCUCGCGGCCACCAGCGCGCGGCGCAGCAGUUCCUUCUGCGGCACGCGGGCAAACUGCAGGAGCUCUGCGAUGCCGCGACCACCACAGCACUCGCGUCCGAUGUGAACUGGUGGCGCUGCGUCUUCUGCGACGUAGCGCUGGCCACGGCCGACGCAGUGGCGCACUUCGGUGGAGACGGGCACAGGGCGCAGGUGGAGGCGUUCUGCCGCCACCACCGCUGCGAUGCGGACCGCCAGACGAGGCCCCAGCUCUGGCUGCAGGCGGCCAAGCGGCGAGAGCUUGAGGCGGCCCUGAACAAUGGACGAGCUGCAGAGGAACAACAGGCUGCAGAGCAGAAGCAGGAGCUGGAGCCGGUGGACCAGGCAGCGAGUGAACGGGUCGAGGCGUUUUUGUCGUCCGCUGCCUCCAGGCUGCAAGAACAGGAGGCUCUGUUGGGACCACAGUUGGCGCUGGCCACGGCACCGAGUCGCUCCAAAACCGUCUCGUCGGCUGAAGGAGUGCUGCAGAACCCUCUUGGUCGGCACGAAGGCAAGCGUGUGUGGGGAGGCGGCAUUGUAAAGCUGCGGAAGAGCGAGUGGAUACCGUGGGCGAUAGAUCAACUCGUAAAGGAGGAGCAGGCUGACCACCCGGAAACGCAGCACGCCGGGAAGGACGGCCCCGCGUUUGUGCAUCGCGUGACUGAGCUUGCGCGAGGCGAAGGACUGAGCUCAAUUGCGUCGGUGUCGUGGGGAGCUGGUGUGGGGAAUGUACACACGGCGGCGGUGCCACCCUGGAUGGUGCAGACAGAGGAGGAGUACAAGAAGUGCAACCUCCGCGAGCAAGCUGCACCAACAUCGUCUUCACUGACCAAGACGGCAGACGACAGAGCUGAAGCAACAACCACCAAGCGGCGAGAUAUCUUCUCGGAGCUCCAAUCGAAGUCGGAGUACGGCCCA